CCUGUACUAUGUCCGCAGUCUCUGGUCAUCUCUUGUACUAUGUCCGCAGUCUCUGGUCAUCUCCUGUACUAUAUCUGAAGUCUCUGGUCAUCUCCUGUACUGUCUGCAGUCUCUGGUCAUCCCCUGUACUAUGUCCACAGUCUCUGGUCAUCUCCUGUACUAUGUCCGCAGUCUCUGGUCAUCUCCUGUACUUUGUCCGCAGUCUCUGGUCAUCUCCUGUACUUUGUCCGCAGUCUCUGGUCAUCUCCUGUACUAUGUCCGCAGUCUCUGGUCAUCUCCUGUACUAUGUCUGCAGUCUCUGGUCAUCUCCUGUACUAUGUCCGCAGUCUCUGGACAUCUCCUGUACUAUGUCCACAGUCUCUGGUCAUCUCCUGUACUAUAUCCGCAGUCUCGGGUCAUCUCCUGUACUAUAUCCGCAGUCUCGGGUCAUCUCCUGUACUAUAUCCACAGUCUCUGGUCAUCUC